CCCCUUUCAGAUGGCGCUCGGCGCAUUGAUACGGGAGUAAGAUAACACUGAGCGGCAUUCGCGCGGAAGUUUUUUUCAGGAUGGCCGGCACCGUUGGGAAGGUGCAGCUGUUGAAGAAUUUCUAACACCCUCGUCUUUACCAUCACUUGGGACCUUGCUGUUAAAGCCAUGGCGUUUGUACCAACACCGAGCCCCACCGUGGUCGACCAGACCACCUUGAUGAAGAAGUACCUGCAGUUUGUGGCCGCCCUGACAGACAACAACACUCCUGAUGAAACCAAACUGAAGAUGAUGCAGGAAGUCAGUGAAAAUUUUGAGAAUGUGACUUCUUCGCCGCAGUACUCUACCUUCCUGGAGCACAUUAUCCCACGGUUCCUCACUUUCCUGCAGGAUGGAGAAGUGCAGUUUUUGCAGGAGAAGCCGGCACAGCAAUUAAGAAAACUGGUUCUUGAAAUAAUUCACCGCAUCCCAACGAAUGAGCAUCUUCGUCCUCACACCAAGAAUAUUCUGUCAGUCAUGUUCCGCUUCCUGGAGACUGAAAGUGAAGAGAAUGUCUUAAUUUGUCUUCGUAUCAUCAUUGAGCUACACAAGCAGUUUCGACCGCCAAUAACCCAAGAGAUUCAUCAUUUCCUGGAAUUUGUGAAACAGAUUUACAAGGAGCUGCCCAAAGUUGUGAACCGGUAUUUUGAGAACCCGCAAGUCGUACCUGAGAACACCGUACCGUCACCGGAAAUGGUCGGGAUGAUCACAUCAGUGGUGGUGAAGACAAACCCUGAGCGUGAGGACAGUGAGACACGCACACAUACAAUAAUUCCAAGAGGCUCGUUGUCCCUGAAAGUGUUGGCUGAACUUCCCAUCAUAGUUGUUUUGAUGUAUCAGCUCUACAAAUUAAACAUCCACAAUGUUGUCGCAGAGUUUGUGCCUCUGAUCAUGAACACUAUAAUGCUGCAAGUGUCCUCACAGGCACGGCAGCAUAAAUUAUACAACAAGGAGCUGUAUGCCGACUUCAUUGCAGCACAGAUUAAAACACUAUCCUUCCUUGCAUACAUAAUCAGGAUUUAUCAAGACUUGGUGGCAAAAUACUCACAGCAGAUGGUGAAGGGAAUGCUGCAGCUGUUGUCAAACUGCCCCUCGGAGACUGCCCACUUGCGGAAGGAACUCCUCAUCGCAGCCAAGCACAUCCUGACCACCGACCUGCGCAGCCAAUUUAUUCCGUGCAUGGAUAAGCUGUUUGAUGAGUCCAUUCUCAUAGGCCAGGGGUACACAGCCCGGGAGACUUUAAGACCACUGGCAUACAGCACCUUGGCUGACCUUGUACACCAUGUCCGCCAGAAUCUGCCCCUUAAUGACCUCUCCCUGGCAGUGCAGCUUUUUGCCAAGAACAUCGACGACGAGUCUCUUCCUAGCAGCAUCCAGACCAUGUCAUGCAAGCUGCUUCUCAACCUGGUGGACUGCAUUCGCUCUAAGAGUGAGCAGGAGAACGGAAAUGGGAGAGAUGUUCUGAUGAGGAUGCUGGAGGUUUUUGUGCUCAAAUUCCACACCAUAGCUCGUUAUCAGCUCGUCACCAUCUUCAAGAAAUGUAAGCCCCAGUCGGAGCUUGGGGUUGUAGAUGCUGGGGCACUGCCAGGUGUGCCAGCCACCCCUACAGCACCAGUUCCUCUGCCAACUCCCGCACCGCCAGUUGUGGCUUCACCGGCAGCCAACUCUUUUGAAAAGCCAGGGGAUAAAGAAAAGGAAGACAAGCAGACAUUCCAGGUGUCGGACUGUCGCAGCCUUGUGAAAACGCUGGUGUGCGGGGUUAAGACCAUCACAUGGGGCAUAACGUCCUGCAAGGCUCCUGGGGAAGCACAGUUUAUCCCCAAUAAGCAGCUACAACCCAAGGAGACCCAGAUCUACAUCAAACUUGUCAAGUAUGCCAUGCAGGCCUUGGAUAUUUACCAGGUCCAGAUCGCGGGCAAUGGACAGACGUACAUCCGGGUGGCAAACUGCCAAACGGUUCGUAUGAAGGAGGAGAAGGAGGUUCUCGAGCACUUUGCAGGCGUUUUCACGAUGAUGAAUCCCCUGACCUUCAAGGAGAUUUUCCAGACCACGGUUCCGUACAUGGUGGAGAGAAUUUCCAAGAACUACGCCCUGCAGAUUGUUGCAAAUUCAUUCUUGGCCAACCCAUCCACUUCUGCACUUUUUGCCACCAUUUUGGUGGAAUAUCUGCUGGAGAGAUUGCCAGAGAUGGGCUCCAAUAUUGAACUGUCCAAUCUCUACUUGAAGCUCUUCAAGCUUGUUUUUGGCUCGGUCUCCCUGUUUGCUGCUGAGAACGAGCAGAUGCUAAAGCCUCAUCUGCACAAAAUUGUGAACAGCUCUAUGGAGCUGGCCCAGUCUGCUAAGGAGCCCUACAACUACUUUUUGCUGUUGCGGGCCUUGUUCAGGUCCAUCGGAGGGGGCAGCCAUGACCUGUUGUAUCAGGAGUUCCUUCCACUUCUUCCCAACUUACUGCAAGGGCUCAACAUGCUUCAGAGUGGACUGCACAAGCAACACAUGAAGGACCUCUUUGUGGAGCUCUGCUUGACCGUUCCCGUGCGUCUCAGCUCGCUGCUGCCCUACCUGCCUAUGCUCAUGGAUCCUCUUGUGUCGGCUCUCAAUGGCUCCCAGACGUUAGUCAGCCAGGGUCUGCGCACCCUCGAGCUGUGCGUGGACAACCUGCAGCCCGACUUUCUCUACGACCACAUCCAGCCUGUCCGUGCCGAACUCAUGCAGGCUCUGUGGCGCACACUAAGGAACCCAGCAGACACCAUCUCUCACGUGGCAUACCGUGUGUUGGGCAAGUUUGGUGGCAGCAAUCGCAAGAUGCUGAAGGAAUCGCAGAAACUCCAGUAUGUAAUGACUGAGGUGCAAGGCCCCAGCACUACCAUUGAAUUCUCUGACUGCAAGGCGUCUGUCCAGCUGCCCAUGGAGAAGGCUAUCGAAACGGCCCUGGACUGUUUGAAAAGUGCCAACACGGAGCCGUACUACCGGAGGCAGGCCUGGGAGGUGAUCAAGUGUUUCCUGGUAGCCAUGAUGAGCCUGGAGGACAACAAGCACGCUCUGUACCAGCUGCUGGCCCACCCAAAUUUUACAGAGAAGUGGAUUCCCAACGUGAUCAUUUCACAUCGCUACAAGGCCCAGGACACUCCUGCCCGCAAGACAUUUGAGCAAGCCCUCACCGGGGCCUUCAUGUCAGCUGUCAUCAAAGAUCUGCGCCCCAGCGCUCUGCCCUUUGUCGCCAGCCUCAUCCGACACUUCACCAUGGUAGCUGUGGCACAGCAGUGUGGUCCCUUCCUCUUGCAGUGCUAUCAGAGUAGUAGCCAGCCCAGUACCGCCAUGUUUCACAGUGAGGAGAACGGCUCCAAGGGGAUGGACCCCCUUGUACUGAUAGACGCCAUUGCUAUCUGUAUGGCCUACGAGGAGAAGGAACUCUGCAAGAUUGGGGAGGUGGCGCUGGCUGUGAUCUUUGAUGUUGCCAGCAUCAUCUUGGGGUCAAAAGAGCGGGCUUGCCAGCUGCCCCUCUUUUCCUACAUUGUGGAGCGUCUCUGCGCCUGUUGUUAUGAGCAGGCCUGGUAUGCCAAGCUGGGUGGCGUGGUGUCUAUCAAGUUCCUGAUGGAGCGCCUUCCCCUUAUCUGGGUCCUGCAGAACCAGCAGACGUUCCUGAAGGCACUUCUUUUUGUCAUGAUGGACCUCACUGGAGAAGUGUCAAAUGGAGCUGUCGCCAUGUCCAAAACCACCUUAGAGCAGCUGCUGGUGCGGUGUGCCACCCCUUUAAAGGAGGAGGAGAAGUCGGACGAGCUGCUAGCCGCGCAGGAGAAGUCCUUCCAUCAUGUCACCCACGAUCUUGUGCGUGAAGUCACCUCACCCAACUCCACUGUGCGCAAACAGGCCAUGCAUUCCCUGCAGGUCCUUGCCCAGGUCACUGGAAAAAGUGUCACAGUCAUCAUGGAACCACAUAAGGAGGUGUUGCAGGACAUGGUUCCUCCCAAAAAGCAUCUGCUGCGCCACCAGCCAGCUAACGCUCAGAUUGGCCUGAUGGAGGGAAACACCUUCUGCACCACUUUGCAGCCGCGGCUUUUUACCAUGGACCUCAACGUAGUGGAGCACAAGGUCUUCUACACGGAGCUCCUGAACCUCUGUGAAGCCGAAGACGCAGCCCUGAUGAAGUUGCCCUGCUAUAAAAGUCUGCCCUCCCUGGUGCCAUUGAGGAUCGCAGCGCUGAAUGCCCUGGCCGCCUGUAAUUACCUGCCGCAGUCGAGAGAAAAAAUCAUUGCGGCCCUGUUCAAAGCUCUCAACUCCACCAAUAAUGAGCUUCAGGAGGCUGGCGAGGCCUGUAUGAGAAAGUUCUUGGAAGGAGCCACAAUUGAGGUGGACCAGAUCCAUACCCACAUGCGCCCCCUGUUGAUGAUGCUGGGUGAUUACCGCAGCCUGACUCUCAAUGUGGUGAACCGGCUAACCUCAGUCACUCGGCUGUUCCCAAACUCCUUCAAUGACAAGUUCUGCGACCAAAUGAUGCAACAUUUACGUAAGUGGAUGGAAGUGGUGGUCAUCACUCACAAAGGGGGCCAGCGCAGCGACGGCAGUCCUGUCCUGGAAGGCGUGGAGGAAAUGAGAAUUUGCUCUGCAAUUAUUAAUCUGUUCCAUUUGAUACCGGCGGCCCCCCAGACCCUAGUGAAGCCCCUCCUGGAGGUGGUGAUGAAGACUGAGCGAGCCAUGCUAAUUGAGGCCGGCAGUCCCUUCAGGGAGCCUCUGAUAAAGUUUCUGACUCGCCACCCUUCCCAGACUGUGGAGCUCUUCAUGAUGGAAGCAACCCUGAAUGACCCUCAGUGGAGCCGGAUGUUCAUGAGUUUUUUGAAGCAUAAGGACGCCAAACCCCUGCGUGACGUCUUGGCCUCCAAUCCUAAUCGGUUUGUGACCCUGCUGCUCCCACCUGGCCCUCAAGCCACAGUUCGUCCAGGAUCUCCCUCCACAAGUUCCAAUGCCAUGAGGCUGGACCUUCAAUUUCAAGCCAUCAAGAUCAUCAGCAUUAUUGUGAAGCAUGACCCCGGCUGGCUGGCAGGGCAGCACUCUUUAGUGAGCCAACUGCGCCGCGUGUGGGUGAGCGAAGCAUUCCAGGAGCGUCACCGCAAGGAAAACAUGUCUGCCACCAACUGGAAGGAGCCCAAACUGCUUGCCUACUGCCUGCUAAGUUACUGCAAACGUAACUACUCGGAGAUCGAACUGCUCUUUCAGUUGCUCCGCGCCUUCACGGGCCGCUUUCUAUGCAACAUGACCUUCCUGAAGGACUACAUGGAGGAGGAGAUCCCCAAGAACUACAGCAUCACCCACAAGAGGGCACUCUUCUUCCGUUUUGUGGAAUUCAACGACCCCAACUUCGGCGAUGAGUUGAAAGCCAAGGUCUUGCAGCACAUCCUGAACCCAGCUUUCCUGUACAGCUUUGAGAAGGCAGAGGGUGAGCAGUUGCUGGGCCCCCCAAAUCCCGAGGGUGACAAUCCAGAGAGCAUCACCAGUGUGUUUAUCACUAAGGUUCUUGACCCAGAGAAGCAGGCUGACCUGCUGGAUUCCCUAAGGAUUUACCUGCUUCAGUUUGCCACUCUAUUGGUCGAGCACGCUCCCCACCACAUCCAUGACAACAACAAGAGCCGAAACAGCAAGCUACGCCGUCUCAUGACCUUUGCCUGGCCGUGUCUGCUGCCCAAGGCCUGCGUGGACCCAGCCUGCAAGUACAGUGGUCACCUUCUGCUGGCACACAUCAUUGCCAAAUUUGCCAUCCACAAAAAGAUUGUCUUACAGGUAUUCCACAGCCUGCUCAAAGCCCACAACAUGGAGGCACGUGCCAUUGUCAGGCAGGCUAUGGCCAUCCUCACUCCGGCGGUGCCAGCACGCAUGGAAGACGGUCACCAAAUGCUCACUCACUGGACUCGUAAGAUCAUUGUGGAAGAAGGGCACACCGUGCCUCAGCUGGUCCACAUCCUGCAUCUCAUCGUGCAGCACUUCAGGGUUUAUUACCCUGUGCGGCACCAUCUGGUCCAGCAUAUGGUCAGCGCCAUGCAGAGGCUCGGCUUCACUCCCAGUGUCACAAUUGAACAAAGAAAGUUGGCCGUGGACCUGGCAGAGGUAGUCAUAAAAUGGGAGCUGCAGAGAAUAAAGGAUCAGCUGCCUGAAAGUGAGGGCGACUCUUGCGGAGAGGGCACAAGCUCAACGACGGGAGCAGUGAAAAGAGGCCUGUCUAUGGACUCCGGCCAGGACGUGAAACGCUUCCGCACCGCCACGGGUGCUGUGAGCACAGUGUUUGCCCGCAGCCAGUCUACACCAGGGGCUGACGCACUUCUCGGGAAACCGGUUGAAAAGCAGCACACCGAUACUGUUGUCAACUUUCUUAUUAGGAUAGCUUGUCAGGUAAAUGACAGUGCAAGCACUGCUGGGUCUCCUGGGGAGCUGCUGUCACGGCGCUGCGUGACCCUGAUGAAAACGGCCCUGCGCCCGGACAUGUGGCCCAAAUCGGAGCUGAAGCUCCAGUGGUUUGACAAGUUGCUGAUGACCGUGGAGCAGCAGAACCAGACCAACUUCGCCAACAUCUGCACGGGUCUGGAGGUCCUGAGCUUCCUGCUGACGGUCCUCCCGUCUACCGCCAUCCUGGCUCACUUCAAACCCCUGCAGAGGGGGAUUGCAGCCUGCAUGUCUUGCGGGAACACCAAAGUUUUACGGGCGGUCCAUACUUUGCUGUCUCGGCUCAUGAGUAUCUUCCCCACAGAACCCAGUACCUCCAAUGUGGCAUCCAAGUAUGAGGAGCUCGAGUGCUUGUACGCUGCUGUGGGGAAGGUGAUUUAUGAGGGACUGACCAAUUAUGAGAAGGCCACCAAUGCCAACUCAUCCCAGCUGUUUGGCACCCUGAUGAUCCUCAAAUCUGCGUGCAGCAACAACCCGAGUUACAUCGACAGGCUCAUCUCGGUGUUUAUGCGCUCCUUACAGAAGAUGGUACGAGACCACCUGAACACGCAGACCACACCUGGAGCGGCUGAAGCCAGCACAGUGACAAGUGAGCUUGUGAUGCUCAGCCUGGAUCUGGUGAAAACGAGACUUUCGGUGAUGAGCCCCGACAUGAGAAAGAACUUUAUUCAAGUCAUCCUCACUUCACUCAUUGAAAAAUCACCUGACCCUAAGAUCCUUCGGGCCGUCGUCAAGAUCGUGGAGGAGUGGGUGAAAAAUAACUCUCCCAUGGCAGCCAAUCAGAUGCCGAAUCUAAGGGAGAAGUCCAUUCUUCUGGUGAAAAUGAUGAGCUGCAUUGAGAAGCGCUUUCCCGAAGACCUUGAAUUAAAUGCCCAGUACUUAGACCUCGUUAACUACGUCUACAGGGACGAGACUCUUUCUGGCAGUGACAUCACCUCCAAGCUGGAGCCAGCCUUUCUGUCUGGUCUGCGCUGCCCACAGCCUCUGAUCCGUGCCAAGUUCUUUGAGGUGUUUGAUGGCUCAAUCAAGCGGCGUGUCUAUGAGAGACUGCUGUACAUCACUUGCUCUCAAAACUGGGAGGCCAUGGGCAACCACUUCUGGAUCAAGCAGUGUGUCGAGCUGCUGCUUGCUGUGUGUGAACGUGGAACCACUAUUGGAACAAGCUGCCAGGGGGCCAUGCUUCCAUCUAUCACUAAUGUCAUCAACCUGGCCGACAGUCACGAGAGAGCUGCUUUUGCCAUGGUAACGCAUGUCAAGCAGGAGCCGCGGGAGCGCGAAAACAGCGAGACCAAGGAGGAGGAUGUAGAGAUUGAUGUCGAGCUCGCCCCUGGCGAUCAGAGCAACACUUUGAAAACAAAGGAACAAGCCGAGAAGGACACUGGCAACCAACUACAUAUGCUGACCAACAAGCACGAUAAAUUCCUGGACUCUCUGAGGGAAGUUAAGACAGGAACGCUGCUCAAUGCCUUUGUCCAGCUGUGCCACAUUUCCACUCCUCUGGCAGAGAAGACCUGGAUUCAGCUUUUCCCCCGACUCUGGAAAAUUCUUUCUGACCGGCAGCAGCAUGGAGACUACCUGGAGAACAUCUUUGUAAAAGACCGGCAGCUCCACCUCGGCGUGUCUGCCAUCACCUGCUACCUGCACGCCUGUCGGCAUCAGAACGAGAGCAAAUCCCGCAAGUACCUAGCCAAGGUGCUGUGGCUCCUCAGCUUCGAUGACAAGAAUACACUGGCUGAUGCCGUUGACAAGUACUGCAUUGGCGUGCCACCCCUUCAGUGGCUUGCAUGGAUCCCUCAGCUGCUCACGUGCCUGGUGGGCUCAGAAGGCAAGCCGCUUCUCAACCUCAUCAGCCAGGUUGGACGGGUGUUUCCUCAAGCCGUGUACUUCCCCAUCCGGACGCUGUACCUGACCCUGAAGAUUGAGCAGAGAGAGCGCUACAAGAGUGAUUCUGGCCAGCAGCAGCCCACCUCGGUGGGGGUACAAGCCCACUCUGCGUCAGAUCCCGGACCCAUCCGUGCAACGGCCCCCAUGUGGCGCUGCAGCCGCAUAAUGCACAUGCAGCGGGAGCUUCACCCCACACUCCUGUCAUCCCUGGAGGGCAUCGUGGACCAGAUGGUCUGGUUCAGGGAGAACUGGCACGAGGAGGUCCUCCGUCAGCUGCAGCAAGGCUUGGCAAAGUGUUACUCGGUCGCCUUUGAGAAAAGCGGUGCCGUGUCCGAUGCCAGGAUCACCACACACACCAUGAAUUUUGUCAAGAAAUUAGUGAGCACCUUCGGCGUGGGCCUCGAGAACGUGUCCAAUGUCUCCACCAUGUUCUCGAGUGCAGCCUCGGAGUCUUUGGCGCGGCGGGCACAAGCCACAGCUCAGGAUCCCGUGUUUCAGAAGAUGAAGAGCCAGUUCACUACAGAUUUUGACUUCAGCGUCCCCGGAUCCAUGAAACUGCAUAACCUCAUCUCCAAGCUGAAGAAGUGGAUUAAGAUCCUGGAGGCCAAGACCAAGCAGUUACCCAAGUUCUUCCUGAUUGAAGAAAAAUGUCGUUUUCUGAGCAACUUCUCCGCCCAGACUGCCGAGGUCGAGAUCCCAGGCGAGUUUCUUAUGCCUAAACCCACCCAUUACUACAUCAAAAUUGCCAGGUUCAUGCCAAGAGUGGAAAUUGUCCAGAAGCACAACACUGCUGCACGUCGGCUUUACAUCCGAGGGCACAACGGCAAGAUCUACCCGUACCUGGUGAUGAACGACGCCUGCCUGACGGAGUCCCGCCGGGAAGAGCGAGUGCUUCAGCUCCUGCGUCUCCUUAAUCCUUGCCUGGAGAAGAGAAAGGAGACCACCAAGAGACACCUUUUUUUCACCGUUCCCCGUGUCGUGGCGGUGUCACCCCAAAUGCGGCUGGUGGAAGACAACCCAUCUUCACUGUCUCUGGUGGAAAUCUACAAGCAGCGCUGCACCAAGAAGGGCAUUGAGCACGACAACCCCAUCUCCAGAUACUACGACAGGCUGGCGACUGUCCAGGCUCGGGGGGCACAGGCAAGCCACCAGGUCCUUCGCGAUGUUCUCAAGGAGGUGCAGAGCAACAUGGUGCCCCGCAGCAUGCUGAAGGAGUGGGCGUUACACACCUUCCCUAAUGCCACGGACUACUGGACUUUCCGUAAGAUGUUCACCGUGCAGCUGGCACAUAUUGGCCUGGCAGAGUUCGUCUUCCAUUUGAACCGGCUGAACCCAGAAAUGCUACAGAUUGCCCAGGACACAGGCAGGCUUAAUGUGGCUUACUUCCGGUUUGACAUCAAUGAUGCCACUGGAGACCUGGAUGCCAAUCGGCCCGUACCCUUCCGCCUGACACCCAACAUCUCAGAGUUCCUAACCACCAUUGGGGUGUCGGGGCCUUUGACGGCUUCCAUGAUUGCCGUGGCUCGCUGCUUCGCACAGCCCAACUUCAAGGUGGAUGGCAUUCUGAAGGCAGUCCUUCGGGAUGAGAUUAUCGCCUGGCAUAAGAAGACUCAGGAGGACACCUCCACACCUCUGUCGGCGGCCGGGCAGCCCGAGAACAUGGACAGUCAGCAGCUGGUCUCCUUGGUGCAGAAAUCCGUCACGGCCAUCAUGACCAGACUUCACAGCCUGGCCCAGUUUGAGGGGGGUGAGAGUAAAGUGAACACUUUAGUGGCUGCUGCCAACAGCCUCGAUAACCUCUGUCGAAUGGACCCAGCCUGGCACCCCUGGCUCUGAGUGGCCAUUUGCUUUAAUUUGGGACAUUGGGCUUUAGGAUGGUGACAAUCCAGCCUGGACUUCGACACUUAACAUUUUAAGCGGACGAUUUCUUUUAUGUUCAGGUGUGUGUGCACCGGAGCAAGACUGGGGGGCUCUGGCCUCUUCGCAGACCUCGCCUUUUGGGUGGUCCGUGCCGUCUUUUUAUAUGAAAUAGCUUUUGCUGCUGUGACCGGUCAGAUGCUUGCUCUAAACUUUUGAGGUUUGUGAGCGGCGGGCCGCAGGAAUCAGGGCCUCGGCUUCCAGUGCCUGGCAUUAUUAAAACUAUUUUAUUAUAUUAUGCUGGACCUUUGAGUGCCAAGAGGACUAUGGGUAGUCGGUCCCUUGGUGUUGUGACCAGGCCAGGACUCUGGGAGUUCCCGGCGGACAUUGUACUGCCCUUCACGCUGCCUCGAUGGAGGGGACAGUUCAUUCUGUGAAGACCCUCGCCCUUUGGUUGUCGUCAUGAAUUUUUUUUUUUUUAACUUAUUUUCUAUGUGCCAUCGCACCUCUUCUAGAAAAAUCUGCCCUGAUGUGCAAAUAUGGUCUUUGUUUUUUUUAUUUUUUAUUUUUAAUUUUUUUUAAUUUUUAAUGAAUAAAAUGCACUUGGGUUGCCUGGUGCCACUUGAUGGCUUAAACUGCUUAGGAUUUCUGGCAUCUUCCUUCAGCGUGCGGCAGUGAGACCCUUUACAUCGCAUCUGGGGGUCAAGGGUCACUCUGUACCCGACCCCAAACUGCACUCUUGACUUUCCUUAGUAGUUCGGAGCCAAGGACAGAACACUGGCGUGUGAGAGACCAGCAACCCGAGUUCAAAUUGUCCAAAGUGCAACAUGGCAGAUUAAAUCAAAAAGUGUCCAAAGCGCAUUUUAAUACAUAAAAAAAUGUUCAUAAAAAAGGAAAUGUCAUAAUUUAAAAAAAAAAAAAA